CUUUUUUGUAAUUUCCAUUUUAUCAUUCAGUAUCAUCGUUGUAUUUAUAAUGAGCUAUGAAGAACACACUGAGCGAUUGCCUUUAUCAUUAUGUUUAAAUUCAUUAUAUUUAAAUUCUAAUACCAUAUUUGCUAAUGAUAUUAAUCUCUAUUACGAACUGAAAAGAUUUACACAAUGGUACAUCACGCGUAGACCUGCAUGGGUGCUCGGUUGAGAUUGCAAAAAAUUUGGUAAGCCAUGUUAUUAAAUUUUAUUAUUCCAACCAAGAUUGUGAUACUAUCUUUUCAUUACUGGAAGAGGUAAUCACGUCAACAGUAAAGGUGAACGUGGUACUCUAUUCAAGCUAUUCCCACAAUGGUUGAAAGAAGAAAAUAUUUUUCACUUGGUAGAGAAAUACGAAUCCCAAAUAGGCGCAUAUGAGGAUACUUUAAAGAAAAAAAAUAUGGAAUCUAGACUGUCUUGAAGUUUGAAUUUCUUCAUUCAUUAGCAGAAAUGGGUUUACCCAACUAUCAAUUUUAUCUUGGUGUAAAAUAUAAUACUGGUAAUGGAAUUAAAAAAACCAACAAAAAAGCAGCAAAAUUGUUUCGAAAAGCAGCCGAACAAGGUCUAUCCCCUGCACAACUUAUGCUAGCUUAUUUGUGUAUGAUCGGGAAUGGUGUACAACAUGAUUUUCAGCAAGGAUUGCAUUGGUAUCAUAUGGCUGCAGAACAAAAUAAUCCAAUAGUUAUGAGAAAUAUUGCGAUGCAUCGUUUAACCGAAAAGGAUUACAAAAGUGCAAAAGAUUUAGUAAUAAUAAUAGAUUUCAUUAUCAUUAAAAAAAAUUUAACAUUAUUAGAACGUAAAAGAACAAAGGAUUCAAAAAACUGAAGAAUGGUACCGAAAAGCUGCUGAAGCUGGUAAUCAUGGAAAAUUAAAUCUAGGAAAUCAAUUAUUAGAAAAUGGUAACAAAGGGAAUCAAAUGGGUUAGAGAAGCAGCUAUAGAGGGAUUAGCUGAUGCACAAUUGGAUUUAGGGGAAGCUUAUUAUUUACAAGGUAUGU